CUUCACCCCACAGACAAGGUUUUAAGGAAAGGCUCCCCGCUCUGAACCACACACACACACAGCAAGAUGUGGGGCGCCCGCCUGCUGCUGCUCUGGGGGUGUUGCUGUGUACCCAGCUGGGGAUCCACUGACCUCUACACCACCUCAGCUGACCAGGAUGAGAACGAGUGCCUGGACACCACCGCCUGCCCCGCGUACUCCACCUGCCACAACACCGUGGGCAGCUACUUCUGCACCUGCAAAGCGGGCUUCGAGGCCAGCAACGGACAGAGCCGCUUCACCGGCCGGGGGGUGCAGUGCCAAGAUGUGGACGAGUGCUCGCGGAGCCCCCCGGCCUGCGGGCCGCACUCCGUCUGCCGGAACCUGCGGGGCACAUUCAGCUGCAGCUGCCGGCCCGGCUUCUCGUCCCCCAGCGGGGACGGCUGGAGGCCGGGCAUGGCUGGGCGCUUCGCCUGCACAGACACGGACGAGUGCCUGGCCGGCGGGGCCUGCCCGGAGCACGCAGACUGCACCAACUUCCCGGGAGGCUUCAACUGCAGCUGCCGGGCCGGGUUCGAGGCCCGGGGCGCCGUCUGUGCAGACAUCGACGAGUGCCUCUCCAGCGGGAUCUGCCCCGAGAAUGCCUACUGCAAUAAUUCCCUGGGAAACUACACCUGCCACUGCCUGCCUGGCUUCAUGCAUGUGUACUCCAUGUGUAAAGACAUCAACGAGUGCCUCAUAAGGGGGUACUGCCCCGAGAACACCGAGUGCAAAAACUCCGUGGGAAGCUACAGCUGCCACUGCAAGACCGGGUUCACCUCCUCUGACUCCGGGUGUAAAGACAUCGAUGAGUGUACUUACUCGUGCCCGCCCAACGCCAGCUGCACCAACACACUUGGGAGCUUCUUUUGCACCUGCAAGGCCGGCUUCGCACCCAGCAACGGGCGGUGGAAUUUCACAGAGCCAGAAGUGACCUGCGUGGAUGUGGAUGAAUGCUCCCCAGCCCCGUCGCCGUGUGGCCCACACUCUGUCUGCAGCAAUGUCCUGGGCUCCUACAACUGCAGCUGCUCCCCAGGCUUCAGGCCCGAUCCAGAAGGUUCCAUGACACACGGCAACUUCAGUUGCAGAAGGGUUCCAUUCAAAUGUAGGGAGGACAUCAUUCCCAACAGUACAGAAGCCCGGCACUGCCAAAAAGGGAGAGCCGCGGACCCCAAAUAUGGCUCCUUCUGUCGCCUCAUGAACGCCACCUUCAGCGUGCUGGACGUUGCCUGUAAGAACAAAACCAGUGUGUCCCUGAAGAACAAGACGGAGAGCUUGGCCUCUGUGCUUAACGAAACAUCCGCGUGGGCCAAGUUCACCAAGAAGGAGAAGUCCGCGCUGGCCACGGCCCUCCUGGAGAGCGUGGAGAGCGCCACGCUGGCCGCCUUACUGACGUCCCCAGAGAACGCCAGCCAGAUCGUCAGCACACAGCAGCUGGUUAUUCGGACCCGAGUCAUCAGUGACGCGUGCACUGGGGAGAAUGUGUCCUUUACCUUAGAAGCCAACGGAGACGUGAUGCGAAUCGGGUGCGCCACCAUCAAAGAGUCAGAAAGCACAGGGACCACCGGCGUGGCGUUUGUCUCCUACACAAACAUGCAGUCUGUCUUGGAUGAGCAGUUCUUCAGAGACCCCCAGGCCCGCUGGGGCACCGAGCGGAGGAAGCUACGGAUGAGCUCCCGAGUUGUGGGGGGCAUCAUGACCGGGCAGAGAAAGGACAACUUCAGCAAGCCCGUUGUCUACACUCUGCAGAACACCCAGCCAAAGCGCACGCCGGAGGAGAAGGCCAUCUGUGUCUCCUGGGUCACAGACACCGAGGGUGGGCGGUGGACGCCGUCUGGCUGCAAGACUCUCAGACAGUCGAAAACGCACACCACCUGCAGCUGCUACCACGUUGCCAGCCUGGCUGUCAUCAUGGCCUCCGGGGAGCCUACGAUGGAGUUCCCCUUGUACGUCAUCAGCCACGUGGGCAUAGUCCUCUCCCUGGUGUGCCUCAUCGCGGCCAUAGCCACCUUCCUGCUGUGCCGUGCCAUUCGCAACAACAACACCUACCUGCACCUGCACUUGUGUGUGUGUCUCUUCCUGGCCAAGCUUCUGUUCCUCGCUGGUAUAAACGAGACCAGCAACCAGACAGGCUGUGCUGUCAUCGCCGGGCUUCUCCACUACCUUUUCCUCGCCUGCUUCUCCUGGAUGCUGGUGGAGGCGGUGAUGCUCUUCCUGAUGGUCCGCAACCUGAAGGUGGUCAAUUACUUCAGCUCCCGCAACCUCAAGGUGCUGCACCUCUGCGCCUUCGGCUACGGGCUCCCGGCCCUGGUGGUGGUGAUCUCUGCGGGUGUGCAGCCGCAGGGCUAUGGCAUGCACGACCGCUGCUGGCUAAAUACGGACACAGGGUUUGUGUGGAGCUUCCUGGGACCGGUUUGCACAAUCAUUGUGGUAAGCAAGGAUUUUGUGAGAUGCAUCUUGCAGAAGAAGCAGAGAGACCCAGGAGACCUGCAAGGGCCAGUGAAGUCCCAAGCCGAGAGACCUUUCCUCUGAGAAGUAUUCUCUUGUGAUCCUUGGCUUUAAGUUUACAGUUUUUGACUUGUGAUUAGAUGCAUGCUCAGAUACCGUCUCACCCAAAGCCCAGGUGUGCUGCUAUCGCAAAGCUUCUUAGGGCGUUCACAGGAGGAGAUACGCUCAAUGAAAGCACAGAGCCAGCCCCGGAGCGCUGGACGGGAUGCUCCCAGAAGGCUCUGGGGGAAUGAGACACACAUUGUCCUGAAGCCCACGAGUGGAUGAUGGGCAGGGAGAUAACGAAGGUCCAGCGGCGGGGCAGACAGGAAAUCCUCAGCAGGUCAGGCUGGUGGCUGGCCACACGGGGAAGUCACCGGAAGAGGACUGGAUGGCCCAGUGGUGGCCUGCUGGGCGAGCAUCCGCAGGACCACGUUCUGAGCUCAGUAGUUGUAGGGAGGGGACUUUCCUGGGGAAACGGCACAGCUCCGAGGCCGGUAGCUGCUUUGUUUGGCGAUAGGACGCGGUGGUCAGGCCGGCCGCUUAGCGCACAGGCGGGACGGCGGUUCCCAGAAUCCUUCGGACGGUGCUUCAGGGACUGUCCGGUCCCUGCCCUGGGUAGCAGUCAGCUGUUAGUGGUGCUUCAAGAGCACGGUGGUAAAGGCCCUGGUUUUUGUUUGUUUGUUUUCCGUGCUGGCACGCGGCCUCCCCCAGGGCUGCAGUGGUCCUAAGAGCUUUUCCUGUCCGGCUCCGCUUUCCAUCCAGGGCCACGAUCAGGUCAGCACCUGGAACCGCAUUCUGGUCACGGGCUCAGAGCCGCGGGGUGUGGGGCUCACGUCCGCAAUCCCAGCGCCGGGAGGCUGAGGCAGGAGAGCUCCGGCCAGUGUGGGCCAGCCGGGGCCACACAGCCGUGUCCCUCCUCCUAGAGUGUGGCUCACAGAGGAGAGGUGCAAAGACCCCGCUAUGAAACCAGCCGGGCAAGCCCUGGACCGGCCGGCUCUGGGGUCCGCCUGUGCUUUACCCACUGACCUGCUGACGGCCUCAUGGGAGGACGCGUCCACACUGGCACACUGCUCAGCCACCAGCUCCUCCCCCUCCUGCUCCUCCUCCUCCUCCUCCAUCUCCUCCUCCUCCUCCUCCAUCUCCUCCAUCUCCUCCUCCU